AUGGUUCUCUAAUAAACAUCGAAUUAUCUGAUUUUUAAAAUUGUUUUGUAUAUAGUGAAGGAUAGUUAACUUCAAAUAUAAUUUUAAAAUAAUUUAAAUAAAAUUAAAGGAAAAAGAGAUCUUAAUUUUUAUAAUACUGUUUUUAAAAUCGUUCCUUACAUGGAAUGUAAAUAUUAAAAUUAACUUUUUGAAUAAAUAUAAAAUAUUUAUGAAAGUUAAAUUCAUAAUGAAUAAGGUAUUAUUUUUCUUUUUCUUUUUUUUAUUUUUAAUUUUAAUUUAUAUUUAGAGAUGACUCUUAGAAAACAGAAAAUUACUCAACUUUAGUAAAACCUUGAUGGCGAACUGAAUUCUAAUAUUAUUAUUUAUAAUAAAUUUAAAAAUACUCCUGUUUUAUUUAAUAUUUCUUCUUUUCAUUUAGUACAUUAGGCUUCUUUAAAGUAUUUAAGUAUUGACUAUAAUAAUAAUGAUUCCUAUCCGUUUAAAUUAGUAGAUUUUGCUGAUGAAAAUUGCUUAUUUAAAUUUAUUCCUUGUUUAAGUUUCCAAAAAUAAAGGUCUAAUGUAGUUUAUAAUAAAGAUUAUUUGUUAAUUUGUAAUUGUAAAACCAUUUAUAAUCGUAAACCUUUUCUAUACACAAAUUAUUAAGGAAAAAGCGAGAUAAAUAAAAAAGAAAAGCUUAAAAAAACUCAAUAAACAGAAAAUAUUUAUGCAAAUUUAGAAACUUCUUGUAAAUGGAAGUAAAAAAAAAAAAGAUUAUACAAAUUUUAAUUUUAAAUUAGAAUAAAUCUAUACUCAGAAAGUGAAUAAAAUGAUUAAAUAAGUCAUAUCUAUUGUGGAGAUUCUAUUUGGAUUUGUUUGUCUGAAUAAAAUGUAAAAAAAGAAAAAAAGUCUUUUUAAGAAAUAAUUGUUAUUCCAAGAUUACAAAGAUGUAAGAGCUUAAUCAUAAAUGAUUAAUAAUUUUCUUAGUAAAGCUUUUCUUGUAAUGCAGGAAAUAGUAUAUCUAAAAUAUAAAAUUAAUAAUUUUAAUCAAAGGUUAUAAACAAUGAAUUUAACUUUUAAGAUAAGGUUUGUUCUAUUCUUAAAAAAGUUAGUAAAAAUUGCUUUGAUAUUUCAAACGAUGUUUUUUUUGAGGAGUUCACUAAUUUAAACUCUUUUAAUCAAAUUAAAGACGAGGAAAAAGACAUUCAAAAUUUUAAUAUAAAUUAACUUUGGAGUAUUGAAAACGAAGAUAUAUUUAAAGGAGGAAGAAUCGAAUGGAAAGCUAAUUAUAGAUUAAGACAUUUUAAAACUGGAAAAUAUUUAACUGUUUAUUAAAAAGAUGAUAAAGUUUUUUUUUUAUUUAUGUAUUUUAAUAUAUUUUUAAAAAUUUAGUAUCUUCUUAGAUUAACUGAGAAUCCUUGUUAAUAUAGCUUAUUUAAAUUUGUUUAAUAUUAACUAAAUAAAGAAUAAGAAAAUUAGAAAUUCAUAAAUAAAGAUUGUAUUUAUAUUUUUUAAAAUUUUAAAACUUAACUUUUUCUUGGAUAUUCUAAUAUUUCUUAACAAAUAAAUGAUAUUAAUUUUGCACUAACUAAAGAUGGUUAUUUUUUAUAUUUAUAUAUUUUUUUUGUUAUGUUUUUUUUGUUUAUAUUUAUUUUUUUAGUUCGUUCACUUAAUAUUUUUCAAAUGAGAAAAGCUUUUUAAGAUGAAAUUUGGGAAAAUAAUUUUCUUUUAUAUUGUUUUUAAAUUUUAAUAGAGUCUGCUUUAUAUAUGAAUAAAAUAGUAAAUUAAUAUUAUUUAAAAUAAUAAUUAUAAAUUUCUUCAUUUAAAAGAAAAGUGAAAAGUAUUUAAAAAAUAAAGAUUAAACAGGUUAAAUUUUUUAAAAAAUCUGUGAAAUUUUAAAUUAAUUAAAUAAAUAUAUUUGUAAUACUUUACUUACUAAUAUAUUGUAAUCAUAAGAUUUCGGAAAAUUAUCAUUAAUAAGAUCAGAUGUAAAAUAUAACUUUUUUUAAAAAAAAUAAAAUAAAAUAUUAUUUUCAAUAUAUAUAGUUAUUAAGAAAAUAACAUAUUAUUGAUCUCUUAUGCAUAUUUCUAUUUUUAAUAUUUCCGAAAAAAGAGGAAUUAAAUUAAAUUAAUUUAUAAGAAAAGGAAAACUAUUUAUUUGAAAAUUAUGAAAUCAAUAAAAGAAACCAGAAAUAAAAUUAUGCCUUUUAAAAUUAUUUUGACUAAAGUAUAGAAAUAAAAUAAUAAAAACUUAUAUAAAUAAAAAAAGUAAGGUAAUAUAGUAAUACAAUAAUAAACGAAGAAACAAUAAACUUAAAAUUUGAAUUAUCAUACUUAAUAUAUAAAAUAUUAAAAAAUAGCUGCUUUUAAAAUUAAAAAAAUUAAGAAAACAUUUUCAAAUUUAUAUAAUAAUUUAAAGAGUAAAUUGGUUAUGCUGAAUUCGUUUGUGAUUUUUUAAUUAAAUGCUUUGAUUAAAAUUAAAAUAUUCUUUAAUAAUUCUCCUGUCCUUAAUUUAUUGUAAUGUUAAAAAGCUAAUAUAAAUAGAAAAAUUAUUACUAAAUUUAAUAAUUAAAUAAUAAAACACUACUUAAUGCUAUUAUCACUGAUCUUACAAAAUUUCCAAAACAUUCCAAACAUGAAAUAAUUAAAUUCCUCAGUUAAACUUGUGUUUAUAAAAAUUAGGCUCUUUAUAAUAAUUAGGAAACUAUUUUCAAUGCCCUUAUGUUAGAUCCUUAAAUAAAAAAUCAUAUCUUAUAUAAUAUAUUUAUUUCUAAUGAAUAAAAUAAUUAAUAUGAAUAGAAUAACGUAUAUAUAAUUAAAUAAAUAUUUAAAAUAUAUAUAAUUUUAAAUUAUAGUAAUAAAAUUAUCAAUUUAUAUAAGACUUUUAAUUUUUAAGUAAUGUUUGUGAAAAAGAUAUAAAAAAGAAGAAAUAAUAUAUAAUAAAUUAACUUAAUUUAUAUUCUAAUUUAUGCUUUAAUAGAAAUUAUAAUUCGUGUAAGUAUUUCUCAAACUUUCUUUAACUUGAAAAACUUGUUUAGUUUUCAUUAAAACCUUAAGUAGAUGAAUAAAUAAGAGCAGAGAUAUUAAAAUUAAUUAAUUAUAUAUAUAUCGGUAUGUUAUUUUUUUUAUAAAACUAAUUUUAUUUUUUAUAUAGACAAAGAACCUCGAUUUGUUUAAAAGAAACCAAAUUUUAUUUAAAUUUUAAAUGUAAAUUUAAAUGAUAUUACUAAAAACAUUUAGAUGAAAAAAAGACAAUCAAUAAUAAACAAAAUGAUUUAAUCUGUUAUAAAUAUCGAAAAUAAUAAUUAAAAGGGAAGAGAAAGUAUUUAAAGUUAAUUUAAUAUUAAAAAACACUUAGAUGAUUAAAAAUUAUAUAAUAGUACAAAACAAACUGAAAUUGAAAAAGAAUAAAAAAUAUUAAAUAAAUUAAAAAUAUCUCUACUAAGUUAUUUAAAAAGUGUAGAGAUAAAUAAUAAUUAAAAAGGUAAAAAAAUGCAAUAAGAAUAAAUAUUUAAUGUUUUUACUUUAGAAGUAUUUAAAUGUUUAAGAAAAAUGUUAAUAUUCGGACUAUUUAAAAAUAAUAGCAAUAACAAUAAAAAAAUAACAAUAACAAUAAAAAUAGUAUUAAUAAUAACAAUAAAAAUAGUAUUAAUAAUAAUAAUAAUAAUAAUAAUAAUAAUAAUAAUUUUAUUGAUUUUGAAUUAUAUAAAACUAUAUUUUAACAGUAUAAAUUUUUUAGUUAAUUUUCAGAUAAAAGAACUUUUUAUUUGA